AUGUCCACGCGCAGAAAGAAAUCCGAGACUGCCCCAGCCAGGGCCGAUCGCGCCCAACAACCCGCCGCCGAGUAUGCUAUCAGCUCGGGUAACUACCAUGAGGACCUACUGCACGAUCUCUUCCACGUCGUCCGAUCCAUCGACCCCGAUCACACUCCGACCCUCGUCGACAUGAUCCGCAACCACGCCUCGCUGGACGAGGUGCGGGCCUACCUCACUCGCGCCCUGGCCGCUGCCCAGCCCUCGGCCCCAGAUCAGGAGGACGCCUUGCGCCGCCUGGAAGGCCUGCGUCGCGGUAUUGAGGUCGAGAGUGAGCCCCCACGCUUUCGCCCUCAGAUUAUGGAUAUCCGGUAUUUGUGCAGUAAUGCUCCUUAUCGCGUCCCUGCCAAACCCUGGACUUCCGUCACCGACGACGAUGACCUCGUCUCCCACUUAGUCUCCCUCUACCUAAUCUGGGACUAUCCCUUCUUCGCCUUCUUCGACAGCGGAACCUUUAUUAAGCACAUGGCCAUGGGCAACACCGAAUCCGACUUUUGCAGCCCCUUCUUGGUCAAUGCCCUAUUGGCCAAUGCUUGCUACUACUCGCAAUACACCGAAGCCUACACUGUCCCCGGUGAUGUCCGCACCAAAGGAGCCGAUUUUCUGGCAGAAGCAGAACGCCAUCUACAAUCGCAUCAGUUUGAGAAGGGAGGCGACAUUCGUCUGGCAUCUUUGCAGGCGCAUCUAUUGCUGUAUGAGAGGUACUCCUUGUCGGGCCACAAUGACUGGGGAUACACUAUGCUGCAUCGCGCCAUUGAGAUGGGAGAGUCGCUAGGUAUCGUCAAUAAGAAGACCGAUUUACGCCUCUCCGUAUCCCAAAUGUCCGAGGAUAUGAUCGUCUCCAUUAAGCGCACCGCCUGGGGCCUGUUCCAGGUAGACACGGUCGUCCAUACCAACUUCCUCCGGCCCAGCCGCGUGCGCUCCGUAAGUGUCGAGCGCAUCGACCGAAAUGGCUUGAACACGAGCGAUAUGUGGGCACCGUACCCUGUAUCUCAAAAAUCCCGCCCGUCGUACCUAAACCUAUAUUUUGAUGAAGCAUGCAAGCUCUCCUUCAUUGCCCGCGACAUUUCCUGGAGUCUCUCCCGCACCGAUCGGUCGGGCACCGAGCCAGAUCAGCGCAAGCAAGAACUCUACGACCGGCUCAGUGCAUGGGAAAGCAAUCUUCCCGAGUGCUUCGAUCCGGCCACGCGACCGGCACCACAUCUACUGCUGCUCAGAAUGCGCUACCAUACACUAGUAAUAAAUCUCUGCUGCGAUCGCUUCGGAUUCCACCCCAUACUCUCCGAGGGUGACGAGCGUACGCCCCGAGAAAGUAAAGGGUUCAGCGCUGUGGAAAUCGCCCUUUCAUCAGCACGAACUAUCGCCGCGCUUACCCAGCAGCUACGGGUGGAAUACGGGAUGGAACAUGCCCACCAGUUCGCCAUGUAUUCGGUCAACCUGGCGCUGUUCACCCUCCUCGGCCAGGACACCUUUGAUAUCCUCGACCGCGACUUCCUCACCCUGACCAGCGCCAUGUCGAUCAUUGCCUGCCGCUCGCAACUGGGACGCCACCUCUUCCACCUCUUCAAGCUCUCGGUGCGGUCCCGCAACCAGGGCGAUCGGGUGCAGCAGUCGGAUGAGGUGCCACCCGGGAUCAAGGAGCUGUUCCAGCCAGACUCGAAGGCACAGGUUCCCGACCGGUGGGAUAAAUACGCCGAGGGGUUAACCAAGAUCGACGGCGAACAGAGUUACGUGGACCACUUCCAGGACGAUCCCCAAUCGUUAGCUACCUCUGGGCUGCACGAGAUGUUGCAGCGAUACGAGCGGUUAAGUGUGGGCAAGGAAGACGAGUGGCGUGACCGUCGGCCAAAGGGAGUGACGCAUUUUUGA